GAUCCCAGGGCACCUGGACUGGAGCCAGGAGGGGCUCCUUGACUCACAGGGGACUGGACUCUACCUGCCAGGUACCACCCUCCCUCCCAUGGGCACUGCCCUUGCCAUGGUCUUGCUCUGGCUGCCGGUGCUCCUGACGCCCAUCUCCUGUCUGCUGCAAAGGGACCAAGAUCCAAACCCACCGAUUAAGAACUUGAGGAUGGAUCCAAGAACUAAGAGCUUGACCUGGGACAUCCACGGGAAUGUUUCGGCCAUAGAGUGCUGCAUAAAUUCAAGGUCCAACACAAAGGCCAAAAAAAAUCGUUUUUGCAAGUUUUAUGUGCUUCCCAAGUGCAAAGCAUCCAACUACACUGUUAAAGUCACUACGAUUGACGGUGAGACGUUUUCCACGUGGAUCCAGUAUCCCAAGCAAGAAGGGAACCCUGAGGCAGCCCCCCAGAACCUGGAUUGCCAAGUUCACGACAAGGACUUCCUGACGUGCAGUUGGGCGGUGGGCAAGGAGGCCCCCAGCGACGUCCAGUAUUACUUCUACUUGGAAAACAUGAAUACCAACCAGAAGUGGGAGUGUUCAGAUUACACAGCGAAUGAGCUGGGGCAACACAUCCAGUGUCAGUUUGAUGACGUCUCUCAGUUUUCCGAAGGCCAGUACCGUUUCCUGGCGAGGGGCACCAGCAACGAGUCCACAGUGCCCUGCUCUGAAUUAAUCACGUUUUUACCGGAUAUCGAGAAAUUAAUUGCACCCAAGAUAACAGUGAGCUGCAAUCAGUCUCUUGCUUUCAUGAAAUGGAACAUGUCGAGCCACUUCCACAAAAAUUUCGACUACAAACUUGAAAUACAGCAGCGCUCCGAUCCUCCCUUCAUCCAGAUGGCCCCGUUGAAAAACUCCUUCAUGCUGACCAACCCUGGGACCUUCACAGUGAGAAUCAGAGCCCUGACUAUAUUAAAAUCACCUGGACAGUGGAGCACCCCCCAGCGUUUUGUGUGUGACUACGAGGAGAACGCGUUCCUCCAGAUCUGGCUGACCUCGUCGCUGAUCGCGUUGGCCACGCUGGUCACCGUGGGGACGGCCCUUCUCUUAUGCAAAAGGUACUCGGUGCUGAAGAUGCUGUUCCCUCCCAUCCCUCAUGUGAAGGACCCCACAGGUGACAACUUUCAGGAUGAGAAGAUGAUGGCCUGGGAGGACUGCAAACGCACCCAACAAGAGUGUCCCGUAGCUGAGGUGCAGCUCUUGAGGGAAACGUGACCCUGGACCCGGCUCUCCGCAUGGGCCAAGCGCCUACACAGCCUGGUGGCCUCAGGAUGAGGGGGCGGGAAACCCAAAUGCAGUUUUCACCGGAGCUACCACCAGAAAGAAACGAAAUAAAGUGCUUUUCAACCCACUCACUGGGCCCCUGCAGUUGGCGUCCACCCCUCACCCCUUCCAGUCCUCAAGCCGCCCACUGUGGAUUUCUGGUGUCUAAUUGUAUUAUGUGUUGUUGUUUUUAAAAAAAUGUCUAUUGAUUUCAGAGAGGGAGAGGGAGAUAGAAAUAUCAAUUGAUCGGCUGCCUCCUGCACGCCCCCUGCUGGGGAUUGAGCCCAUAACCUGGGCACGUGCCCUAACCAGAACCAGUCUAUUAGGCGCUUCUGGAUGCAUUGCCAUUCAUAAGCCCCUUGCAUUCUUUACAUAACAAAGGGGCUCACACAGUGGCACAGUUACCUGCAGGACCCCAGGGGAAUGCGUUUGAGCAGCAGAUAAUGUGUCCAGAGGGGGAAGCAGGGGACCCAUGGACACCCCACUGCCGCAAGGGUUGCUCCCAACAUAAAGCCCUCCCUGGGGAGACACCGGACACCCACCUGUGAACCCACGAAAAAGGGUAUUGAUGUCCACACACCUGCCCACAGGAGCCUGGAUCUGGGACAAGCAGGUAGGGCUCCCAGGACACAGUGCCUGAGGCAUUUACCUGGAAGGUGACCUCUAAUGUUUAACCUUGUUUACUGGCAUGCCUCCCAUUACCAGUGUGUCAGGGGCAGAAAUUAUCCAACAUUCCAAUGCCAACUGCUGUUGGCUGUGACACCCCCUUCCCCCACCCAGGAAACAAGAACACACAAUUUGCAGAAUGUCCCUGGGAGCCAAGGGCAGAUCUGAUCUGAGUUUGGUGAGCUGCUAAUUAAGCAAGGCCUGGGCGACCUAACUGGUCCGUUCUCAGCCAGGUGAGUAUGAACAGGGCUGGAACUAGGUCCCAAUGCAGAACCCACGUGUUGGCACAAGUCCAGGGACAGACAACUGGGGAGCAAGUCCCUGGUUACUCUGCUGCUAAGGCAGGGCUAAGGGGCUCAGGAGCUGGUCCCUCUGCUGAGGAGGCAGGAGCCACAUAGGUGUGAGGGCUGCCCUGCCCUGUAGCCUGCAGGUGGCAGCUGACCUUGGGUAAAGCUGGCUGGAAAAUGUCACCUCUAAUCUGACCACCUCACUGUGGGUGAAUUGAGGUCCUGGAACCUCAGGCUCUGCCCUCCUAGGCCAGGACUCUGGACACCCCAGCACAGCAGGCUCGGGCCCACUGGGCUACAACCCCAUUCCCCAGGAGA